AAGACCGCCGUGCGUCGCUCCUGGAUAUAUAGCUUGUCAGAAAGAGCCAGCGUAAAACAGCAAAAAUGAAUCAUUUUACACCCAUUCUAUCACUGGCCUGCAUUGCGUCUCUACUGGCGAUCGGGGAGACGUACCGAGACUAUUCCAGCCCCUAUGUUGAUCCCUGCGGAGCCUCCGCCACACAGGCUCACGAUGGAGACAUUGCCUACAACCCAAUACCUAGCAGCAGCAGCAGGCAAAAGAGGGGAGCUACUGCUAUUCGCGAGAGACUGUGGCCCAACGCAAGAAUACCUUACAAAAUCUCUCCAACAUUCGACAGUUAUGAGCAGAGCCUGUUAUAUGAGGCAAUGAGGCAGUGGGAGGCCAGGACCUGUGUCCGCUUCUAUGAGCGUCCUUCCACCCACAACCAGUCUUACGCCUAUUACUUCAAAGGAGGAUGCUGUGCAUCAUAUGUGGGACGCCAAUCGGUAUCAUAUCAGCAGGGUAUAUCCUUGGGCUCAGGCUGCACAACAAUCUCGAAGUACCUACACGAGAUUGGCCACGUCAUUGGGUUCUGGCACGAGCAGAGUCGUCCAGAUCGUGACGAGUACAUCAGGAUCCUCACUGAAAACAUGAAUCCCGGUACCCAGUCCAAUUUCCGGAUCCAAGAAGAGAUCGAUUCGAUGGGCGUUGGGUACGACUACAACAGCAUCAUGCACUACAGCAGCACUACUUUUGGCAGUGGGCGGACAACUUUAGUUGCCCAUGAUUCUUCUAUCCCUGUGGGCGGUGCUGUUGAGCUCAGUGAGCUAGACAUCCUUCAGGCAAACCUUCUGUAUCAAUGUGAUUCAGAGAAUCCCCCGCCCAGUGAAUUGCCACCCCCUGUCGCAAGUGAUCUUGAACAAACUCUCCCGGAUUUGCCUGAUUGCCACAUGGACUUUAACAAUGAUUAUGAGGGUGUCGUUAAAUCAGACAACUAUCCUUCAACUUAUAGUCCCAACCAGAACUGCGCCUACAGGAUCCGCGUCCCAGAGGGAACGAAAACUGAAUGUGACCAUUGUUGA